UGCAUCCGCUGCCUGCAGCCCUUUAAGUUCCUGGUCAACAGUAAACGCCAGUGUCUGGACUGCCGCAUGUACACCUGCAAGUCCUGCAGCCGCUACAACAAGAAGGAGCACGGCUGGGUGUGUGACAACUGCCGCAUGACCAGGUGAGACACCCACAGGUAGGUGUGGCUACUGACAGCGCAGGUAAGGAACGUAUCUGUCUCAGAAACACUGAUACACCAACACAUCUAAGAAUUCAGUGUCGUGGGGAAAAAGAUUCACUUGUGAGGCCUGAAAUAAACUCCAGUUUCUAAGUUUUAUUCUUUGCAAAGGUCAGACACAGAAAUGCGUUCAGUACGAGGGGGGUCGCAGUUACACAGUUGUACAAACUCGUCUAAACCAGUUUUGUAUGCCUGAGAUCUUAUAAAGGUCAAGACAUGUGAGAAAAAAGGAACUAAGUCUAAGGAUGCUAGGUAGACAGGAACCCGAGGCGAGUCUCAAUCUCUGUUAAAAGCUCGGCAGAAAGUAACACCUUAUAUUGAACGCGAGUGCAUCAGACACCAAAAAGAAUCUGUGCUGAGUAACAGAUGAUCUCAAAUGACAACAUGUGAUGGUGCAGUGUCGUCGUUUUGUGUCAGAGACAAACUUUACACAACUUGAGGCUGAGUAUUGUGUAUGUUAACGUGUUAGCACUAACUAGUUCACCCCAAAAUCAAAAACACAUGUUUCCUCUUACCUGUAGAGCUGUUUAUCCAUCUAUUUUACUUUCUGCUUUCUUUCUACCGAUAGUUCCCACAUGAAACUGCUCAACACAGACCUGUGGAUUAUCUCCAGUAGCCGGGUCGUGAUUUCUGGAAACAGACGUUGCUGUUGAGUUUUUCAGAUGUAGUUUUUGGCGCUUUGAGCUCCACAAGCCGAGCGCCAUAUAGUCCCGUUAUAUUCAAAACAUGCAGUCGUCUCUACGGCCGAUAUCUCCAAAACUCUGCCGCUCGCACCGAAACAGUCCAGAUAGAUAAACAGCUCUACAGGGUGCUGAAGAUCGGUACUGUGGGUUGGUACCAUGACAACGUGAGAAACCGCUUCAAGCGCUUCGGCAGCGCCAAGGUGAUGAGGUCACUGUACAAGAGGCUGAACGGAGACGGUGGUCGUGACGACGACACUCAGAGUAUGCCGGACGUCCGCAGCCACGUGUACAACGGUAACGAGGACGAACACGGAGAGGCCGAUGCUCAGCGCUUCAAAUCGAUGAGGAAAAGUAAACGUCUGCUGUCAGUUCAUCCUCUGGACUUCGACCCCGAGGAAUAUUUCCCUCAUUCACGCCGACCGUCUGUACAGCAGAUACAUGAGGAUCGAGGCUACAGGAACGACGUGGACUACGACAUGUACAACCACCGAGUGAACCGCAGGAAGAGUCUGGACCGAUACGCCUCGAGACCUGAUGACUAUGGGGAGAGCAGGAUGGUCCGGACUCGCUCUCUGUCUAAGAUCAGCUCCUCGGUGGCUCGGCAGCAGUACGUCGACACCUCCGAUGAGGACGAUUACCCGAGGUACCCCCCCAUGUACCAACAACCCCCCCACCGCCGCAGGAACAGCAGAGCCUCCUCCCAGGAGAACCUGGGACAAGCCCCGCCCAUGAACGAGCUGAACAAACGCAUGUCGGCCAUUGAGAGUCUGCUGAGCCGCCUGGAGGAGAAGAUGACACCUGCUGACGAGACGUCGACUCCGAACGAGGAGGAGAAGCUGAGGAGGAAGCUGAGCGAGCUGGCGGGGAACCUGAGCGAUAAGGGCCUGUCGUCGGACGACGAGGCCGGAAAGAAGUGCUUCUCAGUGGGUAAAAGUCCGGCCGGCAUCAGGGGCGGCCCGGUGGUCCCUCUGGACUCUCUGAAGGACAAAGAACUGAGCUCAUCCAGCGACGAGAUGCCCACUCAGGCUCAGAAGAGAUCAACUGCUGCCGCCCUCUGUGACCUCACCACUGAGGUCCUGAGAACCAUUAAUGCCACAGAAAACGCAAUGGUCGAGUACGGCCUCUCAGAGCCGGUCGACAGAUCCCACUUAGUAGGGACUGACGUUAAGCAAGCAGAUGAUGCUUUCAGGGAACUUGAGGAAAAUGUGUACAUCGCAGCCGGUCAGUCGUACGAACUGGAGUCGAAGCUGCGGCGACUCGAGCAGAGCGCCAAGAAUCGUUUCGGAGGCACGACGGACUCUGAGCUGUCGGAGCUGGAGGACGUGAUGGCUCUGACCGCCGCCAGAGUCCAGAGCGCCGAGAGCGAGGUGUCCGACAUAGAAAGUAAGAUCGCUGCUCUGAACGCCGCAGGAUCGAAGAAGAAGGUUUCUGGAUCUCAUCAGAGGAAAAAGACAAGCCAAGACUUUCCCAAAACCACUAACGGAGCUCAGUGGAAAUCGCACAACAUGUACUGAAACCGGAAAGCUGCUGGAGUUUAGACACAAAGAAGAAAUUAGAAAACAAAACGAUCAUUAUCUACAGCGUUGUGCUGGUUCUUUUCUUCCCUGCAGUGUUUUUCUGCUAAAUGUUAAUCAGAGUCGUCCUUCUUCUUCUGUUUAACCUGCAGAGACAUUCUCUCUUUAAAGCUGAACUAAAAUGAAAUAUAUGGAAAAACAAAAGCUUAUUAAAUCAACUCAGAGCUAAAGACUCGAUGGCAGAUUGAAGUUAGAUGCUGAUGAAACCUCUGAAACAGCAGAGUCAACCUCGAAAGCUUUUUAUUGGCCUCAAAACUGAUUAAACUGGACAUCUUUGAUCAAACGCUUGUUUUCCUGCAAUGGAAACGUUCGGCUGUUUUCUCUCACGCUAGGUGCGAAAAAUAGUUAUAAAGUGCAUUAAAAAUAAAUAUGGAUCAAACUUAGCCUCCAAAUGUACGCAUCGCUGAAUGAAAACAGGUCGUACUGUACAAACUAUCUGUUACGCAGAGACCGUUAUAUAAUGUUGUUGUUGCGGUUUUAUUUUACUUUAUUAUUUUGGCCUAAAACAGUGACACCGAAUCAUUUGACUCUAAAAAUACAGUUUUAUUUUACGUUAAGUUUGUAAUCUACUACCACGAUACUGAUGUAUAUAAACUUCUGUCAUUAUGUCUAAAAUAUCUUCCAAAAAUACUAAAAGAAUUACACACAUUUAGUCACAUAAACAGCAGUAAUAAUAAAAUAAAGAAAAGUACAAAGACAUUUUUUAAAAUAGGAACAUUAUAAAGGGUAAAUUUAGACAAACGCAUAUAGAAAAAACAAGAAGCAAAAGCAAAGUGAGUAAAAUUAUGAAGAAAACAAUAAACACAUUAAAUAGAGUAAAAUUACAGAUAUAUUAUAAAUAUCAUCGGACAAAAACUCUUUUAGAAAGAAACAAUUAAAAUCCACAAUUAAAACUAUACUUAAAAUGAACAAAUAACAACAUUAUAUAAUAUUAUUAUAUAUUUUCAUGAGGCAUGUUCUGAAAUAAAACAUCAAAUUUCCUUUUUCGAUGUUAAAACUGACACGAGAACUACUGAAGUGAAAUAAAUAUGAAUUUAAAAUCUGUUUAGGAAUUAGUUAAAUUUAAUUAGCUGAACUUGAAUCGGAUGUGACAUUUUAAAUAUAAAGUAUUUCUGAUUACAGGUCAAAUAUAUUCUUCUUUUACAACUGAAAUAUUUCAGUUAAAUGAACAAACUGAUGAAACUGUAACGGUGAAUUUAAUUUAAAAUACUGAAAAUAAAUAAAAAAUCUGUUUGAUUUGAUUAAAAUGUUAUUAUGAAAGACUGAGUCAUAAAAUACUUCACUCAGAUAUUUUACUGAUUGUAAUUUAAUCCUGGCAACACCGGGCUUCCGUAGCUUUGAGACAAAUCGACCAUAAAAAUGUUUAGUUUCUUUGAUAUAUUGAUUAUAGAUGGAAGGAAAUACUGUAUUGAUCAUUGAUCUGUGUCUCCGUGUUUGGCUUUCUGAUCAAUAAACUACAAGAUAAACUCCCUGA